CAGAGCGCGGGGGGCGGAGCCGGAGCGCGGGGACCAGGCCAUGGCGGCCGCCGGGCGCUGGUGCCGGCGCUCGGCCUGGGAGCGCCUUUGUGGCCGCGGACGAUGGUGACCUCGCGGCUCGGGCCGCUGCCGCUGCCUCCGCCUCCCGAGACUCCGCAGCCGAGGCCGGACGCGGGAGAGCCGCCGCUGUGAGCUGCGCAUACCGUGCCCCCCGCCGUCGCAGCCGAAGAUCUCACCGGAGGGGCGGGAGUCGGAGCCGGGCAGCAGCGGACACCGCCAUCCCCAGUGCCGCCCCGCAGGCCGGGACGUUGCGGCCCCAGGUCUGCUCCAAGAAAACAAUCAAAAACAAAAACAUGGCUGCAAAGGAGAAACUGGAGGCAGUGUUGAAUGUGGCCUUGAGGGUGCCAAGCAUCAUGCUGCUGGAUGUCCUGUAUAGAUGGGACGUCAGCUCCUUUUUCCAGCAGAUCCAAAGAAGUAGCCUCAACAAUAACCCUCUUUUCCAGUACAAGUAUUUGGCUCUUAAUAUGCAUUAUGUUGGUUAUGUCUUAAGUGUUGUGCUGCUCACUUUGCCCAGGCAGCAUCUGGUUCAGCUUUAUUUAUAUUUUUUGACUGCCCUGCUCCUCUAUGCUGGACAUCAGAUAUCCAGGGACUAUGUCAGGAGUGAACUGGAGUCUGCCUAUGAAGGACCAAUGUAUUUAGAACCUCUCUCCAUGAAUCGCUUUACCACAGCCUUAAUAGGUCAGCUAGUGGUGUGUACCUUAUGCUCCUGCGUCAUGAAAACAAAGCAGAUCUGGCUCUUCUCAGCGCACAUGCUUCCUCUGCUGGCCCGACUCUGCCUCGUCCCGCUGGAGACCAUUGUCAUCAUCAACAAAUUCGCUAUGAUUUUUACAGGACUGGAAGUCUUGUAUUUUCUAGGGUCUAACCUUCUAGUACCGUAUAACCUCGCCAAGUCUGCAUAUAGGGAGCUAGUGCAGGUAGUGGAGGUGUACGGCCUUCUGGCCCUGGGAAUGUCCCUGUGGAACCAGCUGGUCGUCCCCGUGCUCUUCAUGGUCUUCUGGCUUGUUUUAUUUGCUCUUCAGAUCUACUCCUACUUCAGCACCCGAGAUCAGCCUGCAUCCCGUGAGAGGCUUCUCUUCCUCUUCCUGACAAGCAUUGCAGAGUGCUGCAGUACACCAUACUCACUUCUGGGCUUGGUCUUUACCGUGUCCUUUGUCGCCUUGGGCGUUCUGACUCUAUGCAAGUUCUACCUGCAGGGAUAUCGAGCCUUCAUGAACGAUCCUGCCAUGAACAGGGGCAUGACAGAAGGAGUCACUCUCCUGAUCCUGGCGGUGCAGACCGGGCUCAUAGAACUUCAGGUGGUCCACCGUGCAUUCCUGCUGAGCAUCAUCCUCUUCAUCGUUGUUGCCUCGAUCCUACAGUCCAUGUUAGAGAUCGCAGAUCCCAUUGUUUUGGCGCUGGGAGCAUCUAGAGACAAGAGUUUGUGGAAACACUUCCGUGCUGUGAGCCUCUGCCUGUUCCUCCUUGUGUUCCCCGCAUACAUGGCCUACAUGAUCUGCCAGUUCUUCCACAUGGACUUUUGGCUUCUCAUCAUCAUCUCCAGCAGCAUACUCACCUCGCUCCAGGUUCUGGGAACGCUUUUUAUAUACGUCUUAUUUAUGGUUGAGGAAUUCCGAAAAGAGCCAGUGGAAAACAUGGAUGACGUCAUCUACUAUGUGAACGGCACCUACCGCCUGCUGGAGUUCCUUGUGGCCCUCUGCGUGGUGGCCUACGGCGUCUCAGAGACCAUCUUUGGCGAGUGGACCGUGAUGGGCUCCAUGAUCAUCUUCAUCCAUUCCUAUUACAAUGUGUGGCUCCGCGCCCAGCUGGGCUGGAAGAGCUUCCUCCUCCGCAGGGACGCUGUGAACAAGAUUAAGUCUCUCCCCAUCGCGACCAAGGAGCAGCUUGAGAAGCACAACGACAUCUGCGCCAUCUGUUACCAGGACAUGAAGUCUGCUGUGAUCACCCCUUGCAGUCAUUUCUUCCACGCAGGAUGUCUUAAGAAAUGGCUGUACGUUCAGGAUACCUGCCCUCUGUGUCACUGCCAUCUCAAAAACUCCUCUCAGCUUCCAGGACUGGGGACAGAACAGGUUCCACAGCCUCCUGCAGGGGCUGAGCAGAACAAUGUACUUCAGGAAGGUCCCGAACCCCCAGACCAUGAGCGUCCCCCAGGUACUGGGACGCAGGAAGGUUCUGGGGACAGUAGUGAACACAGCAGCAGAAGCUCUGAGAGCCAGGAAGGGGCUGGUGACCCUGGAGAGGCUACUCAGAGUGCAAAAGGUGAAUCGUGUCCUGUUGAGUCCUCCGCCUAGAGGAGAAACAGGCUUGGAGCUCUGUACUGUGGAGAAGGCCGCCCAAGGUGGAGUUCACGCUCAGAUCUGAGUGGAUGUAGGACAGGAUGAGGCAGGAGCCUGACAUUCCAAGGAUCUACCCCAGGGGUACUCAGUGGACACCACCCACUCUCCACCCCACUCCAUGAUGUAGGAGAAAGUUUGCAAUGUACAUUAAUCAGAAAUGUAUUUAUAUGUUCUAUGGUGAUGUUUUAUAGAGGUUUGCCAAGAAAAUUCAACCUCCGCAACUUCAGGAGCAGCCCCUGAUUUGCGAGGGAUAAUGAAAUCAGGUCUGAUCUGAGUGUUUGAAAGGGGCUGAGUGGACGAAGAUCCGGAGGUCAGCGUGGGAAGAUGAAGGCAGAGGUGGAGCUGGCUUUUCCCUUCCCGUGGGGCAGGAUAUAACCAGGACAGGAUCGCUCUGGUUAUAUAGUGUGGCUGAUGACCUGUGCUUUUCUCCGCUCGCCUUUCCCUCAGUUGAUUGGAACCACCAAUGAUUCUGGAAUUUUCUACAGCACUGCAGUGAAAUCAAAGAUGUAGAAGCAUUGACUGUAUUCUAAGAUGGAGGCACACAUACGCCAUGACGUGCUUUGGAGAAGGGGUGGGGGGGCACUGGGCCUUGCGGGUGCAUUCACGUCACCUGAGACUCUUGAACUUGAUGCUGGAGUCUUCAUUAUUUUGAUGUAUAUGGAACUUUUGUUAAUAUAUUGUAUACUUCGUUGGCUGUGUGAAGUAAACUAAAACUCUAAUGAACACUUUGGAGUCCACUUUAACAAAGGAGGCCAAAGUGGGAGGGGCUUUAGGGCACUGAUAAAGGCCCUAAGUGUACUGUUCAAUCCUGUGUACUGUUUCAUUCCCGCAACUGAGUCAAAAGCAGUGUUAAUUAUGGCAGCGUUUGCAGUUUGGGAAUGAGUACCGAACUGUAUGAUCUCGCUCUGCAAACGCCACUUUUAAAGCUGUUAAUACACUUUGCACCCUUUCUUUGACAAGGAUGUGUCAUAUUUAAAUUUUUACAUUCAUCAUGGCUACAGGUAGAACUGGGGAGGGGGGUGUAAUUUUUUAUGGGAUUUUGAUAUGAAAAGAAACUAGUCAUUUAUUUAUACAAUAAGCUUGGCUCAAAAAAAAAUGUAUUUCAGACUUGGUAUUCCUAAUGUGGGAUGUGGUUUUCUUUUGUUUUUCGUAGCAAAUUUGGAUGUAGACUGACAGACAUAGCUGAAUGUCUUAAUAAAUUUAAAUUUGAAAAUAA